AAAUCUUCCCGGGAAAUCCGAGUUUCGCGGGAGGGCUCUUGAGCGCGUAAAGCGUAUCCCUUCAUUCAUCAGGCCGCUUCCUGAAGCCACUUCUCGACGGGCCGAACGAGACUUGCGCUACUUUUUCAUCCGUCGCAUCUGCCUAAAUGCACGCACACGAGGACCAGUACUUUGCAAAAGUCGAUGAUUCAGACGUUCAUCUUUGCUUCGGUCUGAUUAUUUUUGUCACUCUCGCGGUGGAUUAGCAACACGAGCGGCUCGAAAGUGUCGAGACAGAACUGAGGAAAAAAAAAAGGGGGGCUACCCGAGAACAAGAUGAGAAGAGGGAUCUCUUCGGCUCCGGACAAAGUGAUUUUAGCGGGCGUCGGGGGCUCUCAUUUGGACAAUAAUAUCAUUUUGACAGCGCUCUCGGAUCACUUGAACCCCGCUCAGGCCAACGCGACUUAUAUCCAAAUCAUAACGACACCGCCGCCUCGCAACGUUCCCCAGACGUCAAAUGUAUGCUCGUCCGAGCCGUCCGUAAACAACAUUUACACAACUCCACAACAGGCUGCAGCCAACGGAGCAGGACAUCGACCCGCCUUAGGAAGACCGCCGGCCAAAAGGCGCCUAGCCCUCGAUGAUUCAGACCACCAGUACCUGUCGGAACCAUCGAGGACCCCAAGAGGCAGAGGGGGCGCUACGUUGGCCAAUGGAGCACUUUUAAAGACUCCCAAAACGCCCAAGUCGCCACCAGAGAGGACGCGGUACGACACCUCCUUGGGCCUCUUAACAAAGAAGUUUGUGGACCUGCUCGCCCAGUCUGUCGAUGGAGUUUUGGACCUAAACCUUGCCGCAGAAACUUUGCAGGUGCAGAAAAGAAGAUUGUAUGACAUCACUAAUGUACUUGAGGGCAUUCACCUCAUCAAGAAGAAAUCAAAGAACAACAUUCAGUGGAUGGGCUGCAGUCUGUUGGAGGUUGAGGGCUCGCUGAACCAGAGACAAAGACUGGCGGCAGAGGUUUCAGCGCUGGUGGAAGAAGAGCAGAGACUCGAGCAGCUCAUCCAGAGAUGCAGCCUGGAUGCCAGGCACAUGAGCGAGUCGCCCGGCAAUGAGAAGUAUGCAUAUGUGACCUAUGAAGACAUCAAACGGCUGGGAAACCUUCAGGAUCAGACUGUGAUUGUUGUCAAAGCGCCCACAGACACCAAACUAGAAGUAACAGACCCUGAUGAGAGUCUAUCCAUCCACUUGACCAGCACCAGAGGUCCUAUAGAGGUUCUGUUAUGUCCAGACGAGGAGAACGAACACAGUAGUCCGGUGAAAAAUGGCGGCAUGGACAUCAAUGGGAACUCUCCUUUCCUCAAAGUCCUUCAAGAGCCCACCGUCCUGACCCCGUCCCCCGGCACCUCCACCACUGUGUCCGUUACGGCUCUGUCGCCCAUCUCGUCUCCGUACACCAGUCUUCUCCAGCAAACGGAAGACCAGAUGCCCUCGUCGCUGGGGCCCUUUUUGAACCUGGGGCCUCCUCUGCUGGAGCAAGAAGACUACCUUUUAGGAUUGGGAGAUGACCAGGGAAUCAGCGACUUGUUUGACACCUGUGACUUUGAUAGGAUGCCCUCGCUCGGCCUUGAUGACCUCCUGUGCAGCUAGCGCUAGCCGAUCCAGAUCCCGGUCAUGUGCAUUGAAGUGAGUUGAAGAUGUGGUGAGCUUGGAGGCCUGUGACUUUGUAGUUAGUACAAGCCAAUUCUAAAUGCAAGGAAAUUCAACAAAAAGGGCUAUUUUUCCCCUCCAGUCCCCAGGCAGACAAAAUGGCAUGUUUACUCGUCGUGUCACAAAUACAGAUUUUCAGCUGAAGAUGUGUCGUCUCAGACCCUGCGAGGACUCCAGUAAAGCUUGAGGGGAGAUACUAGGUACUUAAAAUGCAUGAAUAGAAAUAUCAGCCUUUUCAAAAUAAUUGCAGUCAACGUAGUCAGAGAGGCAUAUUCAGAAGACACCACUUGGCUUGUGAAAGGAAGCUGGGAUACUUUUUAUGCUACAAAACAAAUGCACACAUUAAGAUGAACUUCGAGCCACUUCAAUAUUUUAUGUAAAUUUGUAUAUUAAAUGGGACGAAACCUUUUCAGAAGUCAAAGCGUUUCCUCAUACCAAAAAGUAAUUUCGAAGUCUUAAGUGUCCCAUUUGUUUUAUCAUAGCCAUUAAGAGCAGUCACACUUGAUUGUUUGAGACAAAUUUGGCCAGUUAUGAAACUUGAAUUUAUUUAUCGCAACUGAUUACUUGAUAAAUGUAAGCUCUAGACCUACACAGUGCGGCGUGACUUUGUGGCCCAGAGGAGAGUCACACAACUCUUGACUGCUACAAAAGUAAAUUGACCACUUCCACUUUGCGACAUGAGCCACUUGGUGUUUUCUGCAAGGCUGUAUAAGACACGGUCUAGGUGAGUAGUAUUUUUUUAGGUUGUGAUUACUAUUAAUGGAUUUUAAAACCGGAGAAUAAACUCGAAAUAUCUUGGUCAUUUAAAAAAAAAACACAAAAAAAAAAAACACACAGAACUAUUUCUCAGCCACCAUCUCAAUAUGUCAAACUCGAAAUAACAUCCCUUAUUGGAGGCUUCUCGCUCCCAGUGGCUCACUAUAUUUGCUGACACAUCUGACAGUAAAACAAAUGUCUGAAUCUGAAACUCGGCAAACCUGCGGCUGCAGGUCGUAUUGCUGCUGUUAGUGUUAACUUUAAUCCCGACCUGAUAUGUUGCAAUCGUAUGCGCUCAAGUCAGAAGAUCGUGCUUGCUCAAGUGUAAGCCCACCAUGUGUAAAUGGAUGGAUAAGAAUUUUUCUAAAAAAAAAAAAAAUAAAACAUUAUCUGCGCAUAAGGUACCAUGGGC